AUUCGAUUGCCACAAUAUGUCUGAAAACUGACUGAAAGCAAGCGUGAAUGCAAGGCUAUUUCAAAAUUCGAUAUCACGUGGCGUGUUUCGUGUCAUAUUACGAAUUAUUCGCAACCCGCAUUAUCACAAAUCGCAUUUUCACCGCGAUCCGUAAGUAUCGUUCGAUUUACCUGCGUGCUGCUGGAAAUCAUCGAGAAACGUGCGGUCGACCGGCACGUGAUUUUGUACGCCGCAUUCCAACUGCGACGCAGCGUUGCCCGUUUAAUCGGCGAACGAGGACAAGCGCGCUCGCUCGUUUGUGUGAUUAAUUAUUUGCGAUUAGUCACUUGGAGUUACUUGAACCCGUCUGUCUCAGUUAAACGUACGUACUUACGCGGCGUUUCUCUGUAUCGCAUUGCUUACAGACGAUCUGCGCGCGCGCGCGCGCGGGUGUAUAAACAUCGUCGCGUAGUAUCUUCAAACACGGCUUGCUUACGGUUUGCCGAGGAUAAACAACGUUCCGAACGACGUGUUCAUAGCUGAACGAAUAUACGAGGAGAGGAGAAUUGAUCACCAGUCGAAACCCGCAGGAGAAUUCACGUGAGAAAAGAGUUCGUGAGGCAGCAAACACUGCAAGGGAGACAGUUCAGCAGUUCCUCCUUGGAGAUCCCUUUGAGUGGUUGCACAAUUAGCGCAAUUGAUCGAAUGGAUUAACGUGCGGUAACGUGUUGAUUUCAGCAAGAUAUUGCGUAGCUCGAGCGCACGAAACGGCUGUUUCCUCUUUAUCAAUGAUACCUGAUCUGACAUGUCUUACACCGAGCUGGAACAUGGUUAUCAGGGUCUCAAGAAUGCGAGCAGACCAAUGUUCUAUAUAGGAGAUGUAAAUACGGUGCAAUCAUCUGUUAUUCCUUCCAUCUAUCGCUCAUCGAAGAGGCCCGAUCUGCCUGAGGGUUGCACUCAAGAUGAUGCUUACAUGGGAUGCAGCGAUUUGGAGGGAGAGGGAAAGCAGGUCCUGGUUGGGAUAUGCGCAAUGGCGAAGAAGUCGCAGAGUAAACCAAUGAAAGAGAUUUUGACAAGGCUUGAAGAAUUCGAAUACAUAAAGAUUGUUGUAUUUCCAGAAGAAGUAAUAUUAAAGGAAUCUGUAGAAAAUUGGCCUGUCGUCGACUGCUUAAUAAGUUUUCACAGUAAAGGCUUCCCUCUUGAUAAAGCUAUAAAUUAUGCGAAUUUACGUAAUCCAUUUAUCAUUAACAAUCUCGCGAUGCAAUAUGAUAUUCAGGAUCGCAGAAGAGUUUAUGCUAUAUUGGAGAGCGAGGAUAUCGAAAUUCCACGAUACGCCGUUCUCGAUAGAGAUUCACCGGAUCCGAAGCAGCACGAGCUGGUGGAGUCGGAGGAUCACGUGGAGGUAAACGGUAUCACUUUCAAUAAACCGUUUGUGGAGAAACCGGUGUCUGCUGAAGAUCACAACAUUUAUAUUUAUUAUCCUACUUCUGCUGGGGGAGGAAGUCAGAGAUUAUUUAGAAAAAUAGGUAGUCGUAGUAGCGUGUACUCGCCAGAGUCUCGCGUUCGUAAGACUGGUUCUUAUAUCUACGAGGAUUUUAUGCCCACCGACGGCACCGACGUUAAAGUUUAUACCGUGGGACCUGACUAUGCUCAUGCCGAGGCAAGGAAAAGCCCGGCCCUCGACGGCAAAGUUGAGAGGGACUCGGAGGGUAAAGAGAUUCGGUAUCCGGUAAUAUUGAGCAACGCUGAGAAACUUAUCAGCAGAAAAGUGUGCUUGGCUUUCAAGCAAACGGUGUGCGGUUUCGAUUUACUUAGAGCAAACGGUCAGUCGUUCGUGUGCGAUGUAAACGGAUUUAGUUUUGUAAAGAACUCGAAUAAGUACUACGAUGACUGUGCCAAAAUCCUGGGAAACAUGAUCCUGAGGGAAUUGGCUCCCACGUUGCACAUUCCAUGGAGCGUACCCUUCCAGUUGGAUGACCCGCCUAUCGUGCCAACUACAUUCGGCAAAAUGAUGGAGUUGCGUUGCGUUGUAGCGGUCAUCAGACACGGUGACAGAACUCCGAAGCAAAAGAUGAAGGUCGAAGUGCGUCAUCCGAAAUUCUUCGAGAUAUUUGCAAAGUACGAUGGCUACAAGCAUGGCCAUGUGAAGUUAAAGCGACCUAAGCAGCUGCAGGAGAUUCUCGAUACGGCGCGUAGCUUAUUGGCAGAGAUACAGCAUCGUGCAGCGGGGCCCGAGCUCGAAGAAAAGCAGGGAAAACUGGAACAACUCAAGAGUGUCUUGGAAAUGUAUGGACAUUUUUCUGGCAUAAAUCGCAAGGUCCAAUUAAAGUAUCAGCCGCGAGGACGACCACGAGGAAGUUCCUCCGACGACGGUAGUGAUCUUAACCGGCUAGGAGAACCAUCUCUCGUGUUGAUAUUGAAGUGGGGCGGGGAAUUAACGCCGGCUGGACGUAUUCAAGCGGAGGAGCUGGGACGCAUAUUCCGCUGCAUGUACCCUGGUGGUCAAGGUAGACACCUUAGUGAGGAAGAAUCAGAGAUGUUACCAAGCCACGGUGAAUACGCGGGUGCGCAAGGAUUGGGUUUAUUACGUCUGCACUCCACGUUCCGUCACGAUCUGAAGAUCUACGCCAGCGACGAGGGACGCGUACAAAUGACCGCGGCCGCCUUUGCGAAAGGGUUACUCGCGUUGGAAGGCGAGCUGACGCCGAUUUUGGUACAGAUGGUUAAAAGCGCAAAUACCAAUGGCCUGUUGGACAACGAUUGCGACAGUAGCAAAUAUCAGAACAUGGUGAAGACGCGCUUGCACGAGCUACUUCAGCAGGACAGGGAAUUCACUCGCGAGGAUCGGGAACAGAUCAAUCCAGGAAACGCGUUGAGCAUCAAUGCCGCUUUGGACUUUGUCAAGAAUCCAGUCCGAUGUUGCCAACACGUUCAUAGCCUUAUCCAGAAGCUCCUGGAUAUCGUGCGGAUCAAGAAGGACGACCCGAAAACGAAGGACACGAUACUUUAUCACGGCGAGACGUGGGAGCUAAUGGGACGCCGCUGGGGCAAGAUAGAGAAGGAUUUCUGCACGAAGAACAAACGCUUUGACAUAUCCAAGAUUCCCGACAUUUACGAUUGCAUAAAGUACGACCUGCAGCACAACAAUCACACGUUGCAGUUCGAGCAUGCGGAGGAACUGUAUACGUACGCUAAAUCCUUGGCGGACAUAGUGAUCCCUCAGGAAUACGGUCUGACGGUACAAGAAAAAUUAACUAUCGGUCAAGGAAUAUGCACUCCUCUACUAAAAAAGAUACGAGCCGAUCUGCAACGAAAUAUUGAGGAAUCUGAAGAAAGUGUCAACAGGCUCAAUCCUAGAUAUUCUCAUGGUGUUUCGAGCCCUGGACGCCAUGUACGUACGAGGUUGUAUUUCACGAGCGAGAGUCAUGUACAUUCCUUGCUUACCGUAUUGCGUUACGGUGGUUUACUCGACGUGGUGAAAGAUGAGCAGUGGCGGCGCGCGAUGGAAUAUGUCAGUAUGGUUUCUGAGCUGAAUUACAUGUCGCAAAUUGUCGUUAUGUUGUACGAGGAUCCGACCAAGGAUCCGUGUAGCGAAGAACGUUUCCACGUCGAGCUACACUUCAGUCCCGGUGUUAACUGUUGCGUGCAGAAGAAUCUGCCGCCCGGUCCUGGAUUCAGGCCACAUUCGCGCAAUGAGAGCAGUCAUAAUGUGGGGGACAAUGGCGGUUCCGGGCAGGAUACCAGUUCACAAUGUAGCACCCGGAUAGAAGAGGAGGAUGCGGAAUUGGGAAUCAUGGAGGACGAUCUUAUGAAUCCCGCAGCACAAGCCGACACACCUCCGUCAAUAAUGGAAACCGAUGCUGUGGACUCCAUGCUGGACAGCCCGACGACCAGUCGCGCAAUCGACAUGAUGGAUCUGGAUCCGAACAUGAUGGACGAACCGUACGACAGCGGAUUCUUGCAGAGCUCGGCUCCGAUCCCUAUCAGUGCUAGAACCGUAGCUGGACACGAGGCUGCUAGGCUUGGCAGCCAGUUGGCGGCGAGUCAGCGACAACGUCGUGGCAGGGAGGCAGGGGCCAUCGUGGAACCGCGCUCGCGAAGCUACGAUCAUCAACGACAAGAGAAGCCCGAGAAAGUCACGGAGCCGACUCCGCAGGAAUCCCGCGACGAUCGGUGGACGUGCCCGCGGGAAUCGGCGACGCUGUCGCAGUCGUACAGUUCCCCGGAGUUGCCGGUCUCGUCAGACGAGAGCUUCGCUUCCUCGUGCUCGCUUCACAAUAUGCGUGAUGAUAGACAACCGCCAGCCGCCGCCACCCUUCGCUCAUUGUUCGAUUCGCAGAUCGCGACCGUCGUCAACGAUUUGCCAGCGAGGCAGACUAACGUCGUCCACUGUCGCGGCAGAAAGUACGGACGAUCGCAUUCCGAAGUGAUUUUGCCGAACUCAUCCGCCGAAACCUGCGACACGCGACCUCGGAUCAUUCAACCUGAUCCUACCUGCACAGCAAGGCGCCACCGUCACAGUAUCUCCGGACAGAUGAGUUAUUUCAAGCUGCUGGGUUACAAUGUCAGCAAGAAACUUACCGGCUCGGCCAACAGCCUCUUCAGCACCGCCGUGAUAAGCGGUUCGUCGAGUGCGCCGAAUCUUAAAGACAUGGUGCCACCGCAUGCUUCCGCGGUCGCUGCAAUAGAAGGCUUCGGCGGAGUGCCACCCAUCAGACCGUUGGAGACCCUGCACAACGCAUUGUCGCUACGCCAGCUAGAUGCCUUCCUGGAGAUGAUGACCACCGCGCCGUUGUACCGGACUCCAGCUUCGUCGCCACCCAAGUCAUCGCCAGCAGGAUCGACGCACGAGUCGCUUAAUCCGCCCCUUGGUCAUCCCGGGAUUGUUCGCGAGUAUCAUCACUCUUCCGACUCUGAAGCUGUCAGGUACAUCAUGCCGACUCCGAUACAGUACAAAUCUCUCGGCGAAGCAGAGGCAUGCGACCCAAGGAAUCUACCAUCGCCUACCAGUCCAAACAGCACAGGAUGGAGUAGCGAACCGCAAUCUUUUCUAUCUUCCGAACCGUCAUCACCAGCACCAACGUCGACAGGCGAAUGCAGUAUGUCCAUAAGUCUAAUCAGUAACGAAGGUGCUCAACUCUUUAGCACCGCGCCGAAAUUCUCCCCCGCUCCUUGUCUGGACGUCGAUUUUAACGAAUUUUGUAUGCGUCUCGAUCAAGAGAAUCGAGAAAGUCGCGGCAGCGUCUCAUAUACGGAUUAUUACAGCAACGAGGAUGGCCAAAUACGCAAAAUAACGCAAAUGCCGCAAGUGAUACAGUCAGGUCCUAGUAAUAGUGCUCAGACGUACGGUGACGUUCAUCCCGGUGACAACAUCGAUGACGACGAGGAUCACACGUUGACGCUGAAGCAGAGCGAGGAACAAAAGAAGCAGGAUGUCAAGUCAAUAUUCGAGCAGAGGGAAGACGUUAAUCCGGCGAAGUUGAGCGGCAGCUACAAAAAGAUCGGCCGUUUUCGAGUUGAGAGCACGGACAUAUCGCACGGCGACGUCAGAAUCAAAGAUACUGACAACGCCGGUGCUCUCGACAGAGUAAAACCGUCUGCAUCUCAGAAAUCCGAUUCGUCAAGCGUGGAGAAGACGAGAAAGGAUUCUAAAAAAGGCAGUGGCGGCUCGCACGCAUCGUCCCAGAAGCGAAAGACCUUUUCUCGCUCACAGAGCGUCACAGCCCCGAAGCCUGCCGCACCGAAGCCCGAGGCGACCUUCAGUUACUCGAAGCAGAGCUCGUUCUCGACCAUGUCAGACGCGGAUCUGGAAAAUUGGAAGUUAAGCAUGCUGGAUGCAACAGCGCCGUGUUCCUCGGAAACGAGUCAACAGGAACAACCGAUACUUACCGUCGCAGGCAGUCUUACGGAUAGUUCCAACAUCACCGUGGGAUUCGAUGUUAAGGAGAAAGAGAAAGAAUAGAGACAUCCAGUCACUGAUCGAUAUCUCGAUGUUUUGUUUUGUUACAUUCAGAAUAUUUGAUAUACUCUUAUGUAACAGAUCUGGGCAUCAUACUCAAUCUUAAAGCAAGAGCAGAAAUAAAUUUUAGAAGGAAUAGAUAGUUUACCCCAUUUCUGAUUGCCAUAAGAAAAGUAUUAAAUGAAGAGUAUUAAACGAAAAACGAAACAAUCAUUUUGACGUUAGCAGUCUGUGCUGAGAUCUAGUAAACAAAUAUACAACCGGGAUUUAAGCACAGAAAUGUAGCGGAACUGAAAUCCACCAUUUCCUUAUAGUAUGUGCUUAUAACGAGAGAUAUUAAACCAGAUAAACGUGAUAUUAUACUCAUUUCAGCUUGAAAAUUAAAGGUCAAUCUUCAUACAUUAUUUCGUAGCUUAUCAAAAUAUAUUUUUAUCAAAAUGCAAUAAUUGAUCUUUUAUAAAAGAUGCGACAAGCAUUUCAGUUAGAAAAGUUCAUAUGAAUUUUAUAUUUUAUGAUACAAAAAUAUACCAACGAAUUUUAUUCAACUGAUAGUGGAAAAGUUGACUUUUUACUACCAUAUUUUUACAAUAUGGAAUAAUAAUACCUCAAUUAAUUUUCUAAUUAAUUAUAUUUUAAUGUGUACUUAUAGUAAGUUGUUGAGAUAAUUUCUUACACGCAUUUAUUCUCAGGACUGAAGAUCAAAAGUUUUUAAUCAACAAGUAAUACAAGUCGGCGCAAUGCAGUUUGCGAUACAAUUUUAAUAAGAUCCUUAUUGUUGAUUGUAAAUCGUUACAAUUAUGCGCGUAGAAUUAUCCAUCUAGAAAUUCUACUGGAGAUGUACAAACACUAAUGUGAAUAGAUGUAGCAAUAUCAUGUGAUAACUGUACCUUAAGUAAAAGGCAGUCUUGUAGAAAGAAAUGUAAAAAUGUAAAAUUAUUAGAAUAUAUCCUUAUUCCUUCGGAGAGCCA